UUCAUAAUUUCAUUGGAGCAGAUCUUCAAUACUUUCAGGACUUUCCCCCCACCCAGGUCCUCGAAGCAUGCACGCCGAGUGAGUCGUGAGUCAGCCCGUUAGCCUUGCGGGGUUGAAGCCUAGAAUCCUCAGCCAGUGCCAAUUCUCGAUUGCAAUAUAAAGUCCAAAUUGCUCUUCACUGUCUUAAAUAUUAAUCUACUCCAUCUCGUGAUUUCCUAACAACAAGCCAUUUUACGAUGACUCCAGUCACUGCAGAGAGCGGAUCUAGCACCCCCGUCAUCGUCGUCUCAGAGGAUACCCUAGCCCAAGAUAAUGUCAAGACAGAUGUUGCAGAACAGAAAGUGGAAGAUGGAGCUGCACCAAAUACCGAAUCCGCUGAAGCCGAUGUUCAAAAUGAAGCUGAUGAAGAGGUCAAGGAGGCAAUCAAGGUCGGUAUGGAAUGCGACCUCAAGCACCUCUAUCAGAAGGAAGACGACAAAGGCAGAACCAGCUGGACAGACAAGUAUCCCGAAGACCUCGAAGAAGCUGCAGAAAAUGACAUGACAGCCAAAUUUGCUAUCCUCGUCCGCAACAAGAAAAGUUUCGAAGAUUCUCGGAAGAAACUUGAAAUCGACAGCAUCGUUGUUCAAAGUCCUCUCCUGAAAAUUGUAUUGGCGAAAGUCCUCAAAGAUUAUCCAGGCAUCACUUGCACACUCAAAAGACUUGUCUUCCAAGCACCAUUCAAUCCCUUUGUUCAUCGAUGGGAGGAAUUUGCCGCUGCACUCGACGAAGAGGAGGACGAACAGACGAAAACGCAUCUUGAAUUGCUGUUCACGGUCCUCAAAGUUGAACUCAAGGAUAUCAUUUCUGCUAGACUCGAUUAUAUCAAGAACAAAGUCAUCACCUUCGAGCACUUGUGGACCAUCUUCGUACCAGGAACUACACUUUACUCGACGGAAUGGAACCGCGACUGCGGCUCCAGGUUCAAAUCGAGUUCGUACUUUGAGCACCCAAAGUAUGGCAACUGCUUCGGCCUCAGUGCUCAGAAGGUCGACUGGGAUGGAGACAAGUUUGGAUAUGCCACAGCUCAGAAUCUAAUUCUUGAAUUCCCUGGAACUAUGCCUAUCUCUUCCCUCGACACCUUUCCUCUGGAAUAUCAUCCAGAGCAAGAGAAAGUCAGCUCCGAGCUUCUCAAGCGUGGAAGGCUUUUCGAAAACUACCACGGCUAUCAUUACAAGGCAUACAAGGCCUUUGCAAUCGGCAAGAACAAGUGUGGGGAUGACAUCAAAGUCACGGUCGACAGCCGUAUUGUAAUCGAUUCAUUCGCUUUCGGCAAGUUCAACCCAAACCGCAUCGCCCCCCUUGCUCCCCUCAAGCCCAAAGCCAAAGCAGCCCGUGAAUCCUCAAACGAGUACGACGAUUCUGACGCCAACUCGGACGUUUCGUACGAUUCCGACGACGACGACGACGACGCGUACUCCUUCGCCAACGACGCCAACUCCUCCAAGUCCCGCGGCUUCAAACACAUCCCCCUCACCGACGCCCAACUCAUCCAAUGCACACCAUUGGUCCGUGGCUAUGCACUCAAAUCGAAGCAAUGGUUGUCAUUUUUCGUCGACGUCGUCAACGAGAUCGAAUUCAACAGCUCUGCUUUCGCGAACCUCGUGCUUCCUGCUGAUCAGAAAGAACUCAUCCUGGCCUUCGCUAUGUCGCAAGUGAAGUUCAAAGAUGACUUCGACGACGUGAUUUCCGGGAAGGGGAAGGGCAUCAUCAUGCUCCUCUCCGGCGGCCCUGGAAUCGGGAAGACAUUGACUGCUGAGAGUGUGGCAGAGACGAUGAAGGUCCCGCUUUACAUGAUGAGUGCCGGUGAUCUGGGAAUCAGAAGUCAUGAGGUGGAGAUCAACAUUACGAAUAUCCUUGAGAUGGUCGCAAAAUGGAAUGCUGUCUUACUCCUCGAUGAAUGCGAUGUCUUCCUCGAGGCGAGAUCAAAGCACGAUUUAGAGCGAAACAAAAUCGUUUCGAUUUUCCUCCGGACGCUGGAGUACUACGAGGGGAUUCUGUUCUUGACUACGAAUCGUGUGGAGGAUAUGGAUCCUGCAUUCCAGAGCAGGAUUCAUAUUAGUAUGGAGUAUCCGGGUCUAGAUAAGGAGGCGAGGAAGCAGGUGUGGCAGAAUUUCCUGAAGCGGGGCAUUGAGAAUGAAUUGUCUGAGAAAGAGGUGGGGAUGCUUGCUGAGGUGGAUAUCAACGGAAGACAGAUUAAGAAUGUAUUGAAGACUGGGCAGUUGCUUGCGAGGCACAAGGGGGUGAAGCUGAGGUAUGAGCAUCUAAGAACGGUGCUGAAUGUGGAAAGGAAGAAGGUUGAAUAGUUGGCCUGAACAACAGGCGUUGAUUUCAGCCUUGGAUUG